ACCAUACACUACUACAUUCAUUACUCAAAACACAGUCAUCAUAAAUGGGUGCAUUAAAUCUAAUACCACUCACUUGUCUCCUCUUAACCCUAAUCUCCACCGUCAAUUCCUGCUCACCGGCCGACCGUAAUGCCUUACUAUCCUUCAAAUCCUCACUAACCGAGCCAUACUUAGGCAUUUUCAAAUCAUGGUCAGGUGAUAACUGUUGCACCAACUGGUACGGCAUCAGCUGCGACCCAACCACCGGCCGUGUCGCCGACAUCAGCUUACGUGGCGAGUCGGAAGAUCCCAUUUUUGAGAAAGCCGGCAGGUCCGGUUACAUGACCGGCUCUAUCAACCCCUCAGUUUGUCAGCUUGAUAGUCUCACUACUCUCAUUAUUGCUGACUGGAAAGGUAUUUCCGGUGAGAUACCGGAAUGUGUGGUUUCUUUACGUUCACUUCGUAUUCUUGAUCUCGUCGGAAAUAAAUUAUCCGGUAAGAUUCCGGCUGAUAUUGGAAACCUUCAACGACUCACUGUGUUGAAUCUUGCUGACAAUGAGAUAUCUGGAGCCAUUCCUGGUUCUAUAAAUAAGUUGGGGAAUCUCAAGCAUUUAGAUUUACGAAACAACCAAGUUUCCGGCGAGUUACCGGCGGAUUUCGGUAGCUUAAAAAUGCUGAGUAGGGCAUUACUGAGUAGAAACCAGCUCACUGGGUCAAUACCGAGUUCUAUAUCCAACAUGAAACUUCUUGCUGAUUUGGAUUUAGCAAUGAACCGGAUUUCUGGUUACUUACCGUCGUGGUUAGGUAACAUGCGGGUUUUAUCAACGUUAAACUUGGACAGUAACAUGCUUUCCGGCGAGUUACCGGCGUCUUUGCUGAGUUCUAACGGUUUGGGUAUUGUAAAUCUGAGCCGAAACUCAAUUGAAGGAACCAUACCGAAUGUUUUCCAUUCGAAUUCUUAUUUUAUGGCUCUUGAUUUAUCGUUUAAUAAUUUGAAGGGUCCGAUUCCCGGUUCGUUAUCGUCGGCUAAAUAUGUGGGUCAUUUAGAUUUGAGCCAUAACCAUCUAUGUGGGGCGAUUCCGAUUGGUGAACCGUUUGAUCGGCUCGAAGGGUCAUCUUUUAGUAACAAUGAUUGUCUUUGUGGAAAUCCAUUGAGGACUUGUUGAAUCAUGUUGUGUCAACCGACAAUGGUUAAUAUUUCACCCUGAAGUAGUGGUGGUGGUUGUUUUUUUUACCCUUAAAGUGUUGUUUAUUAAUAAUUACUUAAGGUAAUCCAUGUGAAAGUGUAUUAAUUAUGUGAUUUAAUUUGUCAUUGUGGGCAUUAUUUAAUGAUGAAAUUAAAGAUAUUCUUUAUAUGUU